GCAAACUAAAAUCGAAGUGCCAAAUUAACAUAAAGAUCUAGAAUAGUAUAGUUUGGGCCCGUUGUUGCGAUUUGGUCUGCGGCCCAAGAGUAGAGUCCAAUGUAAUGGGUGACCCGGUCUGACUUAUAUAACCUAAUCCGUCCAAAGAAUAAGAAUGUUGGUCGUUCUAUAGGGUUGCCGCACCAUCCGACUCUUUUUCUUCAUCUGUCGCAAUUACAGGCUUUUGCUGCUAGCACUCCAAACAAAUUGGAAGAAUGGCAUACACAGCGAUGAAGCCAAUGAAGCCUGGUAUGGAGGAGCCCCAGGAGCAAAUCCAUAAGAUCAGAAUCACUCUCUCUUCUAAGAAUGUCAAGAACCUUGAGAAAGUGUGCAGUGAUUUGGUCCGAGGUGCCAAGGACAAGAGUCUCAGGGUUAAGGGACCAGUUAGGAUUCCCACGAAAGUUCUUCUUAUUACUACUAGAAAGGCCCCAUGCGGAGAAGGUACCAACACUUGGGACAGGUUUGAACUUCGCGUGCACAAGAGGGUGAUUGACCUCUUCAGCUCACCCGAAGUCGUCAAACAGAUAACCUCAAUUACCAUUGAACCAAGGGUGGAAGUUGAGGUUACCAUUGCGGAUUCUUAGUUUUUAUGUCUUUAGUAAUUAAUUUAAUUACUGAAUGAAUUUUGGGAUUUUUUUUUUCACAUCUUCUCAUGGACUUGAAGGUACUAGGUAUUUUUUAUAGCAUUGGGGUUUAGAUAAAUUUUGUUAUUUCAAGAAAAACAUACGUUUAGAGUAGAAAAGAUUAUUAUUUACAGAACUACAUUAUAUUAGUGCCAUUUGGUUUGAGUAUAUCUUUCCCGGGUUUCAUGGUGUGUUUAGG